AUGGAUCUCGCCAUAGCUAGCCUAGUCCUAAUCUUUGUGAGUGCUACAUUCGGUGAUGGGGGCGGUGUACUGUUCUCGGGGUCGGUGACCUCUUGUUUCGCUGCUCGAGUGGAGCGGGAUCCGGGGUUGCUCGACCUGAAAGGAAUGAUGGUGUGGGGAUGCAUUGUUGAUGGUCGCAUUGUUGAUGUUGUUCGUGGUUGUGAUAAAUUUAGAAGAAGUAAGAAGAGAGGUGAAGUAGGCAAAGAAGGAGUAGACCGAGCAGUGUUACCCCUCCCUCAGUCCAGCUUGGCUGUUUCGAGCAGUGGGACCUCUCCCUCAAUCGAAGAUGCCACUCAAUCAGCAGCAGGGGCAGCAACUCCAGAUUCGUGUGAAAAGGUACAUGACAAUCCUCGAGCUGAUAGGAAACGUAGUUGGGUUUGGGAGCACUUUGAGGAAUACACUGAUACGAAAGUGAUUAAAGUUAAGGGUAAAGAAGAUAUUAUACAAGAGUUUAGGAGGGCUAAGUGUAUAUAUUGUCCUAAGGGUGCUGUAGGAGACUAUGCUUGUGAUUCUUACAAAAAUGGGACUCAGGGUAUGAUUAGGCACAUAAACAACUCAUGCAAGUAUUAUCCAGGAAGGAGGGUUGUCGAUAAGAAUCAGAAACUGCUUGUUGGUGAUAAAAGUAAGGGUAAUUCAUUGAAGGCUGUAGCUUAUAAUCCUGACGAAGUGAUGCAAGCUUGUGUUGAAAUGGUUGUAGUUGAUGAGCUUCCUUUUAGCUUUGUUGAGAAGCAAGGGUUUAGGAAGUUUUGUUAUGUUAUGCAGCCUUUGUUUAGGGUCCCCUGUAGGAAAACUUUGGUGAAAGACUUUCUGAAGUUGUAUGAUAGGACAAAGAAGAAAUUGAAAUCUGAUUUGGCACAUUAUAGAGUUUGCCUAACUACUGACACUUGGACAAGUGUUCAGAAUUUCAAUUACAUGGUGCUAACAGCACACUUUAUAGAUGAUGAGUGGGUUAUGCAUAAGAGGAUUAUCAAUUUCUGCACUAUCCAUAACCAUAGUGGAAAUUCGAUAGGGAUGUUGAUUGAGUCUUGUUUGAUUCAGUGGGGAAUAACCAAGGUUUUAACCAUUACAGUAGAUAAUGCGGCUGCUAAUAAGUGUGCUCUUGAGUUUGUUAGGUCCAAACUUAACAAAAGGGAAAACUCGGAAUCAAUCUUAGGGGGAAAGUUCAUGCAUGUUAGGUGUACUGCUCAUAUUUGUAACUUGAUUGUUGGAAGUGGGUUGAAAAGGUUGAAUAGGGCAGUGCUAGCCAUUAGAAAUGCUGUAAAGUUUGUUAGGUCUUCGGCAUCUAGGCUGGAUAGUUUUAAGGCAUGUGUAGCAAAGGAACAAGUCCCUUGCAAAGGCUUGGUGGUUAUGGAUGUUCCCACAAGGUGGAAUUCAACAUUCUUAAUGUUGGAAGCUGCCUUGAAGUUCAAAAAAGCCUUUGGAAGGAUGCUAGAGGAUGCUGACAGUGGCUUUGCUGCAUAUUUCAAGGAGCCUGAGGAAGAGUAUGAUGAGGAAGGGAAUGUGGUUCCAGUCAAAGGCAAUAGAAAUAGAGUUGGGCCACCGACAGAUGAAGAAUGGGAUAAGGCAGAGGUGUUUGUUCAGUUUCUGCGGGUUUUUUAUGAAGUUACUUUGAGGGUCAGUGCAAGUAAUCAUCCUACAAUUCAUACUACUUUCCAUGAUGUGUUGUCCAUGGAAACUGAGAUCAACAAGCUGUUUAUUGCUCGUGAAUUGCAAACAGGGAGUGAAACUGAGAAAGUGUUGAUUGAUAUGGCAGGACACAUGAGUUCUAAAUUUCUCAAGUAUUAUGGCUGCUUCAAGGAUCUAAAUCCUUUGGUGUUUAUGGGGCUUGUUCUUGAUCCCAGAUUCAAGCUACUUAAUAUCACCCAUUUGUUGAAAAAGAAGGGUAUGAUAAUGACAUUGUGGAAGCAAAAGCCAAGGAGUUAA